AAACUUUACCCGGGGUAACAGCCGGGGCGCUUUACGGCGGCGGCGACUGAGUGUGAGCCUUGGCGGUGGUAGAGGCGGCCGCGGCGGUGAAGGAGGCUGUGGCGGCCGAGGAGGAAGAGGAGAGGCGGUGGCAGCGGCGGGACUGGUGUGGGGAUGGCGGAGGUACCGCCUGGGCCUAGCAGCCUCCUCCCACCGCCAGCACCUCCGGCCCCGGCGGCGGCCGAGCCUGGCUGUGUCUUCCCGGUGGGGGCCGCCCCCGCCUGCUGCAGCGAGGACGAGGAGGACGACGAGGAGCACGAAGGCGGCGGCUGCAGGAGUCCGGCGGGCGGCGAGGCGGUGGCGGCGGCCAAGGGGCAUCCGUGCCUUCGCUGCCCUCAGCCGCCGCAGGAGCAGCAGCAGCUCAACGGAUUGAUCAGCCCCGAACUGCGGCAUCUCCGGUCGGCCGCCUCCCUCAAGAGCAAGGUCCUGAGCUCGGCCGACUCAGCCACAACCGCGGUCACCCCCGACGGGGGCCCCAGAGCGACUGCAACAAAAGGAGCUGGGCUACACUCGGGCGAGAGCCCCCCCAACUCCCUGCCUAAUAAUGCAAGAACUGCGCUCCCCAGCUCGGCAGAGGCAGCGACGGUGAGCGGUCCCGCUGCCACCCGCAAUGGACUCGCCGAGGGCACCGAGCAGGAAGAGGAGGAAGAAGAGCAGGUGCAGCUGCUGUCUUCGUCCCUGACUGCCGGCUGCAGUUUAAGAAGCCCCUCGGGUAGGGAGGUUGAGCCUGGGGAGGAUCGGACGAUACGAUAUGUCCGAUAUGAAUCCGAGCUGCAAAUGCCCGAUAUCAUGAGACUGAUCACCAAAGAUCUGUCUGAACCCUACUCCAUUUAUACCUAUAGAUAUUUUAUCCACAACUGGCCACAGCUGUGCUUCUUGGCAAUGGUAGGGGAGGAGUGUGUAGGUGCCAUCGUUUGCAAGUUGGAUAUGCACAAAAAGAUGUUCCGCAGAGGUUAUAUAGCCAUGUUAGCUGUGGAUUCCAAAUACAGGAGAAAUGGCAUUGGUACUAACUUGGUUAAGAAAGCUAUAUAUGCCAUGGUUGAAGGAGACUGUGAUGAGGUUGUUUUGGAAACAGAAAUAACAAAUAAAUCUGCUUUGAAACUUUAUGAAAAUCUUGGUUUUGUUCGAGAUAAGAGGCUGUUCAGAUACUAUUUAAAUGGAGUUGAUGCACUGCGACUUAAGCUGUGGCUGCGUUGAGGAACUGACGUUGAGGAACAGCUGUCCAACCACGCAGCAGCGGCCUUUGCAUGCAGUGCAAUUUGUACAGAAUUGCUUUGCAGGUGGAUUUAGUGAUUUCCAUGCAGCUCUUAUCUGUCAAAGUGUCUCACUGAGUGUCGCACAAUAUUUGUUGCACUUUGGCAUGGCGCGUUUGUUCUGAAUUAAAAGAAUUGUUUCAAACUUCAGGAGUUCUUUUGGUACCAACAAGAUGUGCCAGUUGAUAGCCAAGAUGUGUUUGUUCAUUUGCAAAAUCUGCUGACAAUGUUACUUACACAGUGAUUAUUUUACGGCAGAACCAGUAAGUUGAACAUGAUUUUUGUUCCUGAAAAAAGCCAAUGUAGAUUGUAAAAAUCUCUAAGUAUACUAACAUUUCACAUGAAACCUGCCAUAGUUUUCUGGGAGGGGUGGGGGGAAAGCUUCAAUUUUAGGUUUUAUUUUUUUCAAUAUUAAAUUUUCCAUUCUUGAAUAUUGGUACCUCAGUGAUUAGUGAAUGAAAAAAAAUGUAGGAUGGGGUGUGUCUUACAAUGAGUAAAGAUAAUUAAAUUGCGUCUGCCAGUGCCUGUGUAGAUAAGAAUAUUUGUCUUCAUCUCUAGUUUUGAAUGCAUGCUAUCUUUUCCUUUCUUUUAAGACUUUUGCAAACAAACUUUUGUUUUUAUUUAAAUUCUAAAUUUGAUAAUAAAUUAUUUCAGAUUUUUAUAAUUUGGAUACUUUUUUCAGGUGAGAGACAGAGUGGUUUACUUUAGAAGUCCCUUCUUUAUAGUAAGAUGUUGAAUUUACUUGGAAAUUCUUAGAGAAAUGGCUCAAAGGGAAUAGGAAAAAUUAAUAGAGCCACGAGUUGCUGGGGUUUGGAUGCACUUUUUUUUUGAGAGAGGGAUUUUUGGAAAAGAAUAGAAAAUUAAUGUAAAUUCAUAUGAUUUUAUUUAAUCAAAAUUAUUGCUAAGCUGUGAAGAACAGCUUUCACAAAGCAGUUGGAACUUUAAUUACCCAGUUGAUUUGGAUUCACAUUGCUUCCUUUUCUUGAAAUGCUUCACUUUUGGUUCUUGGUCUUAGAAAUAAAUUUCAAGGUGUAUUGUAUCCGUUUUUAGCUGCUUUUAUUUUCUUUUCACUUACACAAGCAAAUUCUUGGGGAGUAUUGCUUUUUUCCCCAGAAAAACAAAAGGGAGAAAUAGAAAUCUUUUUUUGGAAUGAGUUCUAUGGGUUUUCUUAACAGCCAUCACCACAUUCAUUAGUUACAUUGUGUUUUGGUCAAUUUAUCAAUCUUCAAUGUAACAAAUGUUAAAGUUAAUUGCUUUGAAUUGAGUCAGUAAACCUGUGAUGGAUUAUUUAUUUAAUUGGAAAGCCUAUGUACCCAUAAAAAAAAGAUUCAUUCUCUGUGAAGAUGUUUUGUGGUAAUCUAUGUUGUUGCUGUUUUUUAAAUUUGGAUAUGCCUUCUGUUCCAGGAUUUGGUUUGAAUUUUGUUUUAUUUUAUGGCUAUAAUUACUGUAUUUUUUAAAAACCCUACCUCCAUUAACAGUUGGUAAAAGCCCCCUUUCAGGAAAGUUUGUUGCCUUUUUUUUUUUUUUUUUUUUAAAGGAAAGCUGCUCCUUGCUCAGUAUAGUGUCCUGAAAGUGAACAUGGUAACAAGUAUUUUUAAACUAAAAAUACACAAUUUAUAUUUGAUGAAAAUAAAAACUUCCUGCUGGUGGGAUCAUUUUUAGUUCCUUAUUUUUAAAGAAAAUAUUUUCUUUCCAUUUUGUAUUGCUCUUGAAAGUUUAAUGGGCAGAAAACUGGUUCCAUUAAAAAUAUGAUGACUACACAAUACUCCUGGCUUUUUAGCUGUGCAUUUUGAGUAUGUUUUCAGUCAGACCUCAUUUGAGCUCCGGCAUUUAGAAGAACGUAAGUCAUAGUGUGCUUCGGUUAUUAUUGUUAAGAUGGAGAGAACCGAACUAAAACAGUUUACUUAUGUUCAUCAAGUUUUUUUUCACCACUUUAUAUUUAACUUGCUGGUUCAGAGGUAAGGAUUAUUGAUGAACAUACAUGUGCUUGACUCACUAAUGGGGACAGUUCUAAAGUAGAUACAUUCUAGAUUUCCAAUUCAGCCAUUUUUAUGUUUUUGACAAGCUGUCAAUGAAACCAUCACAACUAACUUUUUCCCCCAGAACUGACCAAGUUUUGCCAAAUUGAACUGAUUCACUGGGCGUUUUGUAAAUACGACCUUAACUACAUGACUGAGUCAGAACCAACUCCACAGCAUCCAACAGUAGCAACAACAUGUGACUGAAAAGUCAGAUGGUUGCCAUAUUGUUCACCUGGUGUGUUAAAUAUCAGUGUGCACCUUGUAUCUUAUAAUUGAGUAUGCAAAAAUUGUUUACUUAAGUAGACUAAAAUUUUAAUCUCAAGCAUGAUAACCCAACACCAGAAUUAAGUCUCCAUUCAAGUUGAAAUAGCAUCCAACAUUAAUUUACUUUUUGAUCUUGGGCUUUUGUUUUCUUAUAUAACCUUAAAACAAUUUCAUUUAUAAUUGAUAGAGUAGGUUCACUUGGCUAAAACUGAGCAAAAUUGGUGCAACUUUCUUUUAAUGGGGUGCUGCCUCUUUAAGACUGACUGUAAUAUCCACUGACACUGGUUUGGCAGUUGCUACUGCUGAACAUUUUUAUACAGGCUACCAUGAAGCUAUAUAUGUUAGUAUUGAAGAAGCUAACGGGUAUACUACCAUUUUUGAUGUGUGGGCUGAUUACAAUUUCCCUUACAUUAGGAUGAAACUAUCAAGUCCACAGAUCAGAAACCUGACAGUAGUUUUUGAAGUUGAAGCCAGCAAAAUAAGGA